GACUGAUGGACAUGUGAGUGGAAGAACACAGAGUUGGCCAGCCAAUGCUGUGACAGCUAAUAAAAAAUUCUCAUGUGACCUGAGCCCAGUGCGCCUCGGAGCUGCUGCGUUCCAGCGGUGGUGCUGGCUGUCCCCAGCAGUAAAUCUGUCGCGCGCUCAGAGCAGGAUGCGCUCUCUGCUCCGGCUCUUCAUCACGGGAUUAUUGUCCGUUCACUUUACAAUGCGGAGGCGCGCAGACCUGGACCAUGAAUAACAGCACCGGCUGGGCGCUGAUUGGAGAGGAAGAGCCACCGGCGCACCGAGCUCUGACCGGCUGCGUCCUGGCGCUGCUGAUCGUCUGGACCCUGUUGGGUAACCUGACGGUGUGCGCAGCGGUGUACCGCUACCGCCACUUGCGCGCCAAAGUCACCAACAUCUUCAUCGUGUCUCUGGCGCUUUCGGACCUGCUCGUGGCCGUGCUGGUGAUGCCGUGGAAAGCCGUGGCGGAGGUGGCCGGGUUCUGGCCUUUUGGAAGUUUCUGCAAGACCUGGUUGUCRUGUGACAUCAUGUGCUCCACGGCCUCGAUCCUGAACCUGUGCGUAAUCAGCGUGGACCGGUACUGGGCCAUCUCCAGUCCAUUCUGCUAUGAGAGYAGCAUGAACAAGAGGGUGGCUUUCGUCAUGAUCGGGGUGACCUGGACGGUGUCCGUGGUCAUCUCCUUCGUCCCCGUGCAGCUGGACUGGCACCGGGCCGGGAUCGGCGAUGCGGAGCGUUUGGCUCCACCACGUGACGGGAGCUGUGACUCCAGCCUGAGCCGGACCUAUGCCAUCUCCUCCUCCCUCAUCAGCUUCUACAUCCCGGUUCUCAUCAUGAUCGUCACCUACACCCGCAUCUACCGGAUAGCCCAGAUGCAGAUCCGUGUCAUAUCCUCCCUGGAGCGCGCGGCGGAGCACGCGCAAAGCUGCCGCCGAUCGCACCUGCCCGAACUUUUCCCUCACCUGUGCUCAGAAAUCGGCGCCACCUCGUAUCAGUCACACCUSAACGCGGACCCCCGUGGCCCCGAUCGGUCCCACCGCGAGCUGAACGUCUCCAUCAGGAAGGAGACAAAAGUGCUGAAAACUCUCAGCAUCAUCAUGGGUGUGUUCGUCUGCUGCUGGCUGCCUUUCUUCAUCCUCAACUGCGCCCUGCCCUUCUGCCCUGCACCGGGGGCCCCGGGGGCCCAACGUGGCCCUUACUGCGUCAGCGAGAAGACGUUUGAUGUGUUCGUGUGGAUCGGCUGGAGCAACUCGUCCCUCAACCCGGUCAUUUACGCCUUUAACGCGGACUUCAGGGACGCUUUCCUGCGCCUGCUGCGUUGCCGCGGACGGGGCUUCCUGUCCGCCGUGAGCGCAGCGGUGGAGACCAUGAUGGCGCACAACGAGGCCGGGGUCCAGAGGCGGGACAGUCCCCUGCAGGCCAAGCUGAGCGUCUCCACGAACACCAGGGGCAGUCAGGACAGCGGGAACACAACGGUGACCGUGUUUUAUCACAAAGAAGCGACAAGGGAACAAGUGAUAGACACUGAGGAGAGAUAUGAGGAAGAUAAACUGACACAGAUACCCAAAUAGCACUUUAAUAAACUCUUUAUUUCCAGAUAUAAACUYCACUUUUCUUUAAAGGUUCUCAAUAAAACCGUUAUAUCAGGUUAUCCUGAGAGAUAUCACAUGCAGUUUGAAAGAGUUUACUCAGCUUCAUUAUAUUUUAAACGCAAUUCUGAAAUGRGGGUCCACACUCAAUAUAAACAAAACACUUGGCUGAAUCCACAGAAAACCACAUGUUUGACCUAUUUUGAUAGGUAUGAUGGAAUAGACAAUAAUCUGGUAAGUUUAACCUUUCCGUCACUUUUGCUGCUUCGUAAACAAAUGCAGGUGCUUGUUGGCAUCAGGUCACAAAUUUUACAACUUUUUCAUUCAAGGACACAUUAACCACAUCAGAAAAACUGUGUUGAUUUUGUGACUAUUUCUUUGUCUGGUGCAAUGYGUGGCUUUAAAGUAUAAGGCUUUCAGUUAAAAUAUGUUGAACUAAAAUCUUUAUGAAUACUGUCUUCUGUGCACUAAAUUAAAACAAAUGUUCAUUUUAAA